AUGCUAAGGACAGAUUCUGAGAGCAAGAAAAGAAUUCUGAUGCUAAAGACAGAUUCUGAGAGCAAGAAAAGAAUUCUGAUGCUAAAGACAGAUUCUGAGAGCAAGAAACGAAUUCUGAUGCUAAGGACAGAUUCUGAGAGCAAGAAAAGAAUUCUGGUGCUAAAGACAGAUUCUGAGAGCAAGAAAAGAAUUCUGAUGCUAAAGACAGAUUCUGAGAGCAAGAAAAGAAUUCUGGUGCUAAAGACAGAUUCUGAGAGCAAGAAAAGAAUUCUGAUGCUAAGGACAGAUUCUGAGAGCAAGAAAAGAAUUCUGAUGCUAAAGACAGAUUCUGAGAGCAAGAAAAGAAUUCUGAUGCUAAAGACAGAUUCUGAGAGCAAGAAAAGAAUUCUGAUGCUAAGGACAGCUUCUGAGAGCAAGAAACUAAUUCUGGUGCAAACAACAGAUUCUGAGAGUAAGACACGAAUUCUGGUUCAAAUAACAAAUUCUGACAGCAAGAAACGAAUUCUGGUGCAAACAACAGAUUCUGAGAGCAAGAAACGAAUUCUGGUGCAAACGACAGAUUCUGAGAGCAAGAAACGAAUUCUGGUGCUAAGGACAGAUUCUGAGAGCAAGAAACAAAUUCUGGUGCUAAGGACAGAUUCUGAGAGCAAGAAACGAAUUCUGGUGCAAACGACAGAUUCUGAGAGCAAGAAACGAAUUCUGGUGCUAAGGACAGAUUCUGAGAGCAAGAAACGAAUUCUGGUGCAAACGACAGAUUCUGAGAUCAAGAAACGAAUUCUGGUGCUAUGGACAGAUUCUGAGAGCAAGAAACGAAUUUUGGUGCGAACGACAGAUUCUGAGAGCGAGAAAAGAAUUCCGAUGCUAUGGACAGAUUCUGAAAGCAAGAAACGAAUUCUGAUGCUAAGAACAAAUUCUGAGAGCAGUUUAAUCAAAACAUGCUGUGUACUGUAA